AUGUCUGCUCGUCGCGCCGCCACCCCCGCUCCCAUGCCUCUUCCCCUUCCCACCCCACCCGUGGAUGCCGCUGUCAAAGAUCCCGAGCAAGAUCUCGUCCCCUCUCUUCACCAGAGCCCGCCUAUCCAAGACUCGGACAUCACCGAUGUCCUCGGCAGGCCGAUCCGACGAGAGUCUUUGAAUGCGUGCGCUGAUCGCAUGAUUAUGGGCGGGGAGCAAGAGUCCGAGAGGGUCAAGCCUGGCUUUACCAUCAUGAGCAUUCCUACCGUAUCUGAGCCCUCCGCCGUCAAACUCGCCUCCACCCGUCCCGCACCCGCCUUCUUUCCCACCCCCGCCGCUCCCACCUCCGACAGCUCCAUACUCUCUUCCCUCUCCUCUGCCACUACCGAAACCACCCUCGCCUCUACCGCAACUGCAUACGACGUCGACCCCAAGAGGUCUCCCCUCGAAGUCUUCACCAACGCGCAGUUCCACAGCUCGGCGGAUAUCGAGCUCGGCGUACAGCAUUACAACAAGGUGGCGCCUUCUGGUAUCAAGGAGAAGCGGGAGAACUGUAUGAAGGCGCCUCGAUGGAUCGCGUAUGCUGCGGCGUCACUGUUCUUGGUGGCUAUCAUUGGGGGAUGUACUUAUGCGCUGGUCCACCACGUCAAGAGCAGGAAGUGA